AUGCUUCGUCCAUCUUUGCUCUCUGCUUCAUCCUCCCUGCGCAGCAUCCGUCGCCUUGAAACGCCAUUCAUCGUCGCACCUGCUUUGGCUCACGCUCAACUUUCGUUCAGACGAUCUCAAGUUCGAUCGCGUCACACCGUACGCAACGCCUCAACUGUGUUUGAUCUCAGCAAGAUUCCCAGGUACGACCCGACAAACCCGAGCGCAAACAUGCAAUCGUACACCCGUCAAUUUCCAUCGGAAGCAGCGCCACUUGUCAAGCUAGAGUUUGAUGGCGCGAGCCGCAUCUGGGUGCUGACCAUGCUGGGCAACGAAACACCGGAUAACCGACUGACGCACAAGUUGAUCGGUGAUGGUCUUCUGCCCGCUCUAAGACACGUUGAAGAACGCUGGAACGAUAUGCUCUCCUCUGGAGAAUCGAGUGAAGGAGCAGCGCUCAUUUCGACAGGUGGAGUGGAUGCGUCGGCCAAAAUCUUCUCCAACGGACUGGACUUGGAACGUGCAAUGGCCGACCCGACAUUCUUCGACACGCACCUCAACGCGCUCUACGAGAAACUGCUCACCUUACCGAUCCCCACCAUCGCGGCUGUCAACGGACAUGCAUUUGCAGCCGGAUUCGGCCUCGCGUGUGCACACGACUACCGUGUCAUGAACGCCAAACGAGGAUAUCUUUGCAUGAACGAGAUCGAUUUCGGCGCGCCGCUACCACAUGGACUACAGAUGGCACUAGGCAGCAAGAUCACAGACCAGAGGGUGAUGAGAAAGAUCGUGCUCGAAGGCCACCGAUUCAGCGCCAAAGAGGCGUUCGAUGAGGGCUUUGUUGAUAUCCUCAGCGACAGCCCACAGGACACGCUCGACAAGGCCUUGGAAUUGGCGAACAAGCUCAAGGGAAAGGCCAAAAUGAACGCUUGGGGUAGCAACAAACAGGUCAUCUACGCUCAGGCGAUCAAGAUCAUGAGGACCAGUCAUGACGAUGCUACUACCGCGCUGUAUGCUCCCAGGGCAAAAUAUUAG